AUGUCAUAACCUUUUUUUUUCAAGUCUAGGUAGAAACCAGUCCUGGUUUAACAUCAUUCUUGCAUUGAUGUGCUAAUGAUGAAAGAAUUUAGCACACUGCCCACAUGGCUGUUGAUCAACUUGGUGCUGCUGGAGAGCUCAAAUGGUGCUGUCAACCCUUGUUGCUACUACCCUUGUCAAAACUCGGGAGUUUGCGUGCGAUUGGCCUCCGAGAGCUACGAGUGUGACUGCACCCGCACCGGCUUCUAUGGGGAAAACUGCACCCAUCCGGAGUUCUGGACUUGGCUUCAGCUCACACUAAAGCCCAGCCCAGAGGUGACCCACUACUUGUUGACACAUUUCCAGUGGCUUUGGGACUUGGUCAACAACUCGUUCCUGCAGGACACCUUCAUGAGACUAAUACUGACUGUGCGCAGUGACCUCAUUCCCAGCCCUCCGACCUAUAACACCAAGUAUGGCUACCUCAGUUGGGAGUCCUACUACAACACUUCCUAUUACACCCGGAUUCUACCGCCAAUCCCAGAUGACUGUCCUCUACCCAUGGGAACCAAAGGCAAGCGCCAUUUGCCUGAUCCCAAAGCAUUGGCUGAGCGUUUUUUCAAAAGGCCGAAAUUCCGGGAGGAUCCAGGAGGAACCAACGUUAUGUUCGCCUUUAUGGCUCAACAUUUCACCCACCAGUUCUUCCGCACCGACCAUAAUGUCAAGGGAGGCUUCACCAAAGCUCUAGGACAUGGGGUCGAUGCAAGCAACAUUUACGGCGAUACGCUCACGCGGCAGUUGCAACUUCGUCUUCAUAAGGACGGAAAGCUGAAAUAUCAGCUAGUGAAUGGCGAGGUGUACCCCGCUUCGGUGUCCGAGGCCCCUGUUCACAUGGUAUACCCCGCUGGCUUUCCUUCCGAGCAGAGACUGGCUGUCGGUCACGAGUUGUUCGGAAUGCUGCCGGGCCUGACCUUGUAUGCCACCUUGUGGUUGAGGGAGCACAACCGAGUGUGUGAUGUCCUCAAGUUGGAGCAUCCCAGCUGGGACGACGAGCAGCUCUUCCAGACUGCCAGGCUCAUUGUUAUUGGUGAGAUCAUUAAGAUUAUCACGGAAGAGUACGUGCAGCAUCUGAGCGGCUACCUAUUCAAGUUGAAGUUUGAUCCCUCCUUGCUCUUCGGUCAGCACUUCCAGUACAGCAACCGUAUUGCUCUAGAGUUCUGCCACCUGUACCAUUGGCACCCAUUGAUGCCUGACAGCUUCCACGUGGACAAUGACGACAUUCCGCACUCACGCUUCUCCUUCAACACCUCGCUGCUUUUUCACUACGGUGUGGAGAAACUGGUGGACGCCUUUUCGCGGCAACCGGCAGGACAGGUAUGUGGAGGGCGUAACUCUCACGAAGUGGUCCUCCGAGUGUCCGAAAUGGUCAUCCGAGAAUCCAGAGAGACGCGUAUGCAGCCUUUCAACCAAUACAGGAAGAAGUUCAACUUGAGGCCCUACACCACAUUCAGAGAAUUUACAGACGACAAGGACAUUGCGGCGGGUUUGCUGGAGCACUAUGGUCACAUCGACGCCCUGGAGUUCUACCCGGGCAUCCUCCUGGAGAAGCCACGUCCCGGCUCUAUCUUUGGAGAGAGCAUGGUGGAGAUGGGUGCCCCCUUCUCCCUGAAGGGCCUGCUGGGCAACCCGUUGUGCUCGCCUGAGUACUGGAAGCCGAGCACUUUCGGCGGGGAGGUGGGCUUCAACUUGGUCAAAACAUCUACGCUGAAGAAAGUGGUGUGCCUUAACACCAAAUGGUGUCCAUAUGUCAGCUUCCGGGUUCCUCUUCAGCAGGAGGACACUAAGAUGAAGAACUCUGAGGAGCUUUAACUAACCUAAUUAGGAGGCAUGUUUUUGUUUUUGUUUUUUUAAAAUAAGUAGCUUGUAACUCGUGGCGUCCCUUGGGAGUUAAAAAAAAUAAUAAUUGAAUUACAAUUCAAUCCAGUUUUGCUGCAACAUGGAAUUUAGUAUGCAACUCUAUCAUGAGUAGACCCACGAGUCUCAAGAACCAAUGUCCAUAAAUACACGAAAAUUCCGCCAUUUUAGUUUGAAGUGAUCCCCCACAAUUUGGUUAGGUCGCUUCUCUAUUUUUUGGGAAAAUUCAGUCCCCAUGGCUAGUUUCACCUAACAACUUGUAAUGUAGUAGGCACGUCUAUCAUGAAUAGACCCACAAAAAAGUCUCAAGACCCCAAGUCUGAAAUGACACAGGAAGUCAGCUAUUUUGGUUGAUCUUUAAUCUUUAUUUUUGUCUUGUCCAAAAACAAUGUGUCGUGGAAUAAAUGCAAAGCAGAGGAAUAUUGCAUUUUACGUCCUUCCAUCAUGUUUACAUAUAUACACUCACCUGUCAAAAUAAUGCAACAUAAUGAAUAUCACAUUUUACACAAGCAUGGUUGUAGCCCCUUUUGGUCUUUGAAAAAGAUUUAACAGUCAGGUUUGUAUGUGACAUUGAACUGAAACAAGUGGCGAUGCCACUGAUAUAACAUUUGCGAUAUUCAAAAUGUCCUUGGCUGGUUUGCUAAACAAAUCAAGAAACACGGCACAUUUCAG